CCAAGGACCCUCAUGGAAUGAGACCUUUGUUCUCCCCAGGACCACAAAGUUCAUCAUCAUUCACACAUUAUACAGAACCCAGUUUUAACAAAUGCAUCAGGUUACCUUACAUCUCCUGAAAGGACAAUGACUCUUACAAUGAUGCACCAUGGUUUGAAAAAAAUUGUUGCUUUUUUAAUGUCAUUAAUUAUGGAUAAUGGAUAGAGAGUCGGACUUGCAACCCGAAGGUGAACCUGAAGGUUGUGGGUUCGAGUCUCGCGUCCGGCAGGGAUUGUAGGUGGGGGGAGUGAAUGACCAGCGCUCUCUUCCACCCUCAAUACCACAACUGAGGUGAGACCCUUGAGCAAGGCACCGAACCCCAACUGCUCCCCGGGUGCCGCGGCAAAAAAAAAGGCUGCCCACUGCUCCGAGUGUGUGUUCACUACACAGCAAAAACUGGAGAGUUGAAAUUUUGGUGUUAAACAUUUUAGAGUUCAUUUGAACUCUCAAAGUGUAAUUUUAACCCAUUUGGAGUUAAAUUGGGCUGGGUGUUGGAGUUAAUUGAGGGAGUUGAUCAUCAAUGGUAAAAUAACUCCUCAGAGAGAUGCAAUUAUACUCCGCCCACGCAAUUCAGUUGGAGAAAUUUCUAGAUCGCCGCCAUUAUCCACGUGCAGUUUGGAAGGUUAAGUAGCCUUGGGAUUAAAUUGAAUUGAACUAUUUGAUUGAUGCAAUUAAUUUAACAGUAGUACAGGAUUAUGUAGUAUGGAACCAUAGAUAAGACUUGGGCACAAUUGCACUAAUGUAUUUUAAUCAAAAUUAUUACAGUGUGGCCACGAUUUACAAAAAUCUUUUCUCUGUUUGUUCUUGUAUGCAUGUGUUUGUAUAUAGCCUACGUAACGUUUGACGAAUAAUUACAACAUAGCCACGAUUUAAUUAUAGGAUAGAACGAAAUAAUUUUAUAAAAGCAAAAAUAUUCUUUCUUUAUUGCCAAGACUGAAUAGCCGGUGUAAUUCCAAGUUGAUGCUCUAGCACUUCGGUAAAGUUGGUUUUAUAUUCGAACUUUCAAAUUAUAAGUGCAAUAAAGUUAUGUUUGUAAAAUCACAAUCAAUCAAAACGGGCAAUUAUCGUUUUAACGACAUAAUUGCUUGCAAAUGUCCAAUGUAGCGCGGUUAACAAAAUAGGGACCGUCAAAAAAAAGUAAUGAAUUUUUCAUUGUCGCCCUUGGCUUGCUGAUUCGGUGGUUGCAGAGCCGCCAACUAUUGCCUAAGUUUAAAUGUUUAUAUAAAUAUAAAGCUGAAUUGACAAAAUCUGUAUUGUAACGUGCUAUAAAACUGAAUGUGACUUGAUUGUGUGCCAACCAUUACCGCGCGAUGCAUAUAAUUUGCAGAUGAUUCCUUAGAAUACCAACUUUCCAUAGAGGUAACAUCAAGCUUAUCAGCUUUUUUAAAACGUUGAGUUCUGCAGAAAUAAGAGUUCUGAGAAAAUAAGCUCAAAGCUAUAAUGUACCGUAAUUUAAAGUUUUUUUUUUAUUAUUAAAACAGGGUGUGGUUGAUUUGCCACUGGAGGACUGCACACCGCUUACUGUCGAGGUGAAGGCUUACAUCGUCUCUGUGAGGAGACUGUGCAUCGGCACAUCAUAUGUUAAUGCUACAACGAUAUGUCGUCAGCUCUACGUUUUUUUCAUUUGCAGUUAAUUGUUUUGUCAGUCGCCAUUGCGUGUCAAAAUGCUGGUCCAGGUGAACUACGGCGAACAGCAGAAGUAUGUGAAGUUGGAUCGUACUGAAGGACUUUUUGACUUUCAUCAGUUUCACUUAAAAGUCAUUGAGAGAUUUUGCUUGCCACCAGAUGCAACAGUUAUGUAAAAGGAUGCAUCAAGGACUGAAGUUGAUGAAGAAAUAUUCAGUGACCUCAUUGGACAAAGCAAUGUGGUGUUGAGUGUUUUCUCCAAUGAUCAUUUUUCAGACUCCUUCUCUUCUGAGAUGUCUGACUCCAGCAGUAGCUCAAGUGCAUCAACUGUCAUCUUAAGUGAAGUCCCUAACAAGAGACAAAGAACUGAGGAGGCAUCAGCAUCUGCUAAACAGUUGAUUGAAGAUGUGCUAAAAUCCAAGUCUGGUGGUGAAGCAGUAAUACAGGAGUAUCAAGCAACAGAAACGCUUACAGAUGCCACAAGACGACAAAUGAUAAAUAUACUGGUGGCUCACAUGAUUGAAACACAUGGGAACACUUCUAUGAUCCAGCAAGCAACACGGGAUAUAUCGCCUGGCGUAUGAAAACGGUCCACCGGAAGAUCCGUCGAGGAUCUUUGCCACCUGAUAGCCCUCUUGAUGUUACACCUGGAGGACCAAAAGGCCAAAGGGCUACUAAUUUUACAGGGCAACUUCAUGGGGAUGCUUGCAAAGAAGCCAUGUCUUUACUCAAUCACACCACAGACAGGUCCCAAAUUUUUCAGAAAAUGAGAGAGACCUUUGAACAUCGGCAGAAGCUUAUCAAAGAUCCGGGCUUUACCGUUCAUAUCCUCUCUACCUUCCCAAGAUUUCUGGACACAAAAGGGCUGGUGGAACAAGACUUCACUCUGCUUUUUGAUGAUGAGACUUCCUCCAGACUGCUUCAGAAGUGGGACAUGUUCUUCAAACCAAAUGUAAUAAAAGAGGCCAAGCGACUGGCUUCAACACCAGAGUUGACACAGUUGUUGCUGUCAGCUGAAACACCUGAAGAAAGUGAUCCUGAUGAAACAAGAAUUCAUGACCAGGAAAUGGCAUCCCUUUUGUUGCUGAUUCAUCUCCUUCCACCAUCACCAGGAGGACCGAAGUGUCCAAAAAUUAGUGCAUGUGACGCUGUUAAAAGACUUGUCAUCUUUCAUAAGUCAUGCUGCAGUUUGGAGGAACAUCUCAACAACACCCAGCGGCAGCAUCCGUACCUCCUUGCUGUUGGACGUCAGAAAAGCAAGAUUGAAAGCUUCUACAUCGCCUUGGACAAGCAUCUGAUCCCGUGUCAGGCAAACCGCUCUCUAGGGGCAUUUGAUGAACUUUUCAAAGUACAUUUUGUGUUUAAUUUGUCUUAUGACAGUGCACUUGUCAACUUUUACACGUUCCUGCAGACAACAGUGUAUAACAUUGAUGUGGGGCAAAUGAAGGAGUCACCCAGAGUCAAAGACUUGAGAGCCAGAUUGCUUAACCAGACAGUAACCUUAUCUUAAUUGCAGCGCAUUGUGAGGUUGAGAGAUGCUGAUCUGUUUCAUUUGUAAGAAACAGCACUCUUGCAGUCAAAAGUUGAAAAGGUGAACAUAGUUACUAUCCUGGAUCUAAGUUCAGAUUGCACAGAUAACUGGAGAUAAUCUAGGGAUGCACUCAAUACUGGGGUUUAUUGAGUCAUUUAGUAGCCAUCAUUUCUGUCGUCUUUGUUUAAUUGAUAAAAAUUAUUCUCAAACAGUGUACAGUGAAGACGAUCCUAAAGUGAUCCUUCGUGGAAAAGAAAUUUAUGAAAUGCAUUGUCAGUCUCUCCAAGAAAACCCACAGUUGAGGUCACUGUAUGGUUUGAAAAAAAAAUCUACACUAAACACAUUGAAGUAUUUUCAUGUUUGCCAUAACUACUCAUUUGAUAUAAUGCAUGAUCUUCUUGAAGGUGUGGCUCAGUAUGAAAUGAAAUUACUUUUUGGAUAUCUCACACACAACUUAAUUUCGGAAGAGGAUUUACUUUCAAGGAUUUAUUCCUUUGAUUAUGGGUUUUUGGAACGUAAAAACCGUCCCAGAAAGGUUAUAUUGGAGAGUGCUUGUAAUGGAAUUGGUUUCAAUUCCAUUCAGACAUCUUGUCUUCAAAUAAUGAACAUUGUGUUUUCACCUUGUUUAACUACAGGCAUGACAAUUUAUUUGAAGCAUUUGAUUGCGGACCACCACAAACUAUUUAAGUCCUUGUAUCCACAUAAAAAAAUUUUCUUCUAUAAGGAAAAUUGGCCCCUUAUUACAUAUUACUAUGAGAUUUGAGGCCAAACACAAGCUAUUUAAAGACUUUUUCAAAAAUUUCAAAAACAUCACAAAAUCAUUGGCUAAAAGACAUCAGAUGGUCAUUGCUUAUCACUGGGAAACCUUUACCCUCAAACAAAAUGAGUUUGGGCCAAUUAAAUCAUUUUCCCUUAGACCUGAGAAUGUGGUCAACAAUGAAAUUCUUCAAAUGUUGUUGUCAAAAGAUGUUUUUUCAACAAGUUGGGUUAAAGUUGAUGGUGUAGAAUACAGAGCUGGACUUGCUGUUUGCAGUGCAAUGGAAGAUACAAUUCCAGUUUUUUGUCAAAUAAGUGAUGUACUUUUCGUUGACAAUAACAUUUAUUUACUGUCAAACAAGCUGUUUACAGAGACAUUUGAUGAGCACUUUCAUGCUUUUAGUGGAUUGCAGGGAGGUUGCUUGAUGAGUGUGGCAGCGAUUCUUUGGCACUGUUGUGACUGGAUUCAGGAGGAUUUGCAGGAACUGGUCAUUACAGACUUGGCUGAGGCUCAGAGCAAGCAGGAUCUCCUCAUGGUGUUGAGGGGCAAGAACUUCUGAAGCUCUUGGUUGAUGAGAACUCCCAAGUUGUUGAUGGAUGAGAACUCCCCUGGAGUAGUCUGAGGGUUUUAACCCUUUCCAGCUGGGCUGACCCCAAAGUGCUUGCUCCAAUCAGCAGGAUCUUAGGUCGGAGUGUAAAAUGCAUUUUUCUCCUCUGACUCUAAUUAGCAUACUGGCCGCUGAGUUAUGUGCUUUUUCUAACUUUCCACAAGGUAAACUUAGAACUUCGGUCAUGAAUUUUGUAACACGGAUGUAAUACAUUGUAUUAAAUACAAAUUUACUUUAUCCCAACCCUUAGGAAAUUAAAUAAUGAUCACACACAUACCAAAAACCACAUACUUGCUGUUAUUGGUAUACUCAUUAAUAUUAUGAUACCUGUUAAAUGAUCAAAAGCAUCAUAACGAACUGGUGGCUAUAGGCAUGGUACCUAUAAGGAAUGGCAUUAAAAAGACAAAAAAUUUUUCAAACCAAGGUGCAUCAUUGUAAGAAUUAUUGUCCUUACAGGAGAUGUAAGGUAACCUGAUGCAUUUGUUAAAGCUGGGUUCUGUGGAAUGUGUGAAUGGUGGUGAGAGCAUUGGGAUCAUUGUGUUCCUGGGGAAAGAACAAAGGUCUCAUUCCAUGACGAGCCUCUGUUGAUUCUUUCUUGAGGCCUCCCUGUGAUGGCUGCAUGUGAGAGAGAAUGAGCACAAAAAGGUAAAAAUUUACAAAUUUGUUGCUGAUUUUCAACAAAGACUCUGUGAAAAUUGCUGUGGAUAAAACUGCAUGCCAAAUUCUGUAAUUAUAAAUGCAUUGCAUUUUGCCUUACUUCUAACAGGGCUUGUUUUCAGUAUCUUGCUCCAGUUGUGUCUAACUAGGUAAUUUUAUCCUUCACUUCAUCAUUAGGUGUUCUGUGCUGAGUAGGGUGACCAAAUGCAGUCUGACCAAAUAUGGGAUGAGUAAUAUGUUUGUGUGGGACAUGUUAAAGAUGCUGAGAAAUAGCUGAGGAAUUGAUCUAAUGUCCAUCUAAAUGAAUAAAAACAUUUGCCUUUUGGUCCCUAAACAACUAUACUAUGUCCUCUACUUCAUUUCACAGCACACCAGUUAGGCUAUAGUUUCUGCUGUAUGAAAGACAUGAUGAGCACAGCAUUGUUUACAACAUAACAUGUUUUACAACUAAUUUUACAACAUAACAUGUCUUCAUUCAUAGACAUAAUAACAUGCAUUGCUCAUCAAAGGCAACUGCACUUAAGCAAAGCAGCAGAUAGCCAACUACAACAUAAGGCACAAAAUAAAAUACAUGAAAUAAAAAAAAAAUUCAGCAGAAAUGAAUCCAUUAAUUUGGAUGUCUCUGUUUCAAUACCCUUUUCUUGUGAGACCCACAUGCUUAACAUCAUAUUCCCCUCCGCGAGAAAUGGAAAUACUGUGUUGUUACCUGAAUGAUCCACAGCUGUGUUUUUUUGUUUAGUGAUAGUUGUUCAUGAGUCCCUUGUUUGUCCUGAACAGUUAAACUGCCUGCUGUUCUUCAGAAAAAUCCUUCAGGUCCCACAAAUUCUUUGGUUUUCCAGCAUUUUUGUGUAUUUGAACCCUUUCCAACAAUGACUGUAUGAUUUUGAGAUCCAUCUUUUCACACUGAGGACAACUGAGGGACUCAUAUGCAACUAUUACAGAAGGUUCAAACGCUCACUGAUGCUCCAGAAGGGAAAAACCAUGAAUUAAGAGCCGGUGGAUGAAAACUUUUGAACAGAAUGGAGAUGUGUACAUUUUUCUUAUUUUGCCUAAAUAUCAUGUUUUUUCAUUUAGUACUGCCCUUCAGAGGCUACAGAAGAUAGUUGCAUGUUUCCCAGAAGACAAAAUAAGUUAAAUUUACCCUGAUCUUCAAAAAGUUUUCACAAGGGACUCAUGAACAACUAUCACUAAACAAAAAAAACACAGCUAUGGAUCAUUCAGGUAACAACACAGUAUUAAGAAGUGGAUGUAAACUUUUGAAUGGGGUCAUUUUUAUAAAUUAAACUAUUAUUUUCUCUUGUGGACUAUAUGUAAACAUCUUAUGUGAAAUAUCUUAUUCAGGUCAGCACUAAAUAAACAAUAACAUGCAUUUUGUAUGAUCCCUCUUAUUUUGGUAAAAUAAUUAACAUUUUGCAGAUUCUGAAAGGGGGAUGUAAACCUUUGACCUCAACUGUACAUUCUUUAACAAAAGAUACAACCAUAUCUUCAUUUUUUAAAAAUCAUUACUGUACAUAGAUAAAACAUGAUUAAAUGAUAACCCCUUAGCUCUGAAUCUCUCCAGUUGUUUCAUCCUUGAGGCAUGAAGCUAGCCAUUGUUCACCUGACAUGUGUCUUUGUAGUAGUGUAUUAGUAAAUUUAGCUAAGCAUAUUUUAAGUCAAGUAUACAUGGCACCAAGGAUUAUGCUCAUAAAGCAUGUAAGUAAAUUUAACUAGCAUUUUUCUUUUUUUUAUGAGUAAAUUUUAAACUUGAGUUAAAUGAACUACAUAAAUCACAAGGCUGCAAAAGUACACAUCAUCUAAACAUCAUUACUGUUUAAUGGUCACUAACACCUUUAAUGGCUCCAGAAGCAGUACUCCAAUGAGUAAAUGCACUUAAAUCAGCCUUCAUAAAACUAAACUGACAGAACCCAAAAACACUUUUUAACUUUAGCAUAGUGACCUCGAAAUUGUGCAACAUCUUGAAUAUUGAAUAGUGAUGAUGCUGUAUAUUUCCUUUCAAAUAAAUAAACUUUCAAAAAAAAAACUUUCUGUUUAUUUCCAUUAAAAGAAAAAAAUCCCAGAUUUUCAAUGUGGUCUCAGACUUUUAAUGGGGGCCACAGUAAAUAUUAGAAAUUGAAAGUUGAAAUUUGAUUUAUCAUCUCAUAUUCUUUUAAGCUGAAACCCAAGUGUCUUCAGUGUAUAGCAAAAACAAAAGAUUUGGCCUUACCUUUCCAAUACUUGCGGAGAGGACUGUAUAUAACAGUUAUGUGAUUCUUGGUGAGAGUUAUGUAAUGUUAUUUGUCAUAUGUAAUAGUGACAACUUUGUUGUUUUCCCCUGUUAUCUGUAAGCAUUAGAGUAAAGCUAUCAUCUGAUUAAAGCUGACUAAAGCUGAGUACAAAGUUAUCAUCAACUCGUGGAUACUAAAUAAUGUCUACAUUUACAUACACUUUAUAAAAGCAUGAAUAUCAGUGGGGUUAGGCACUUCUGGUUCACUGUAAGUUAACAGAUCAUCUGGAUUCAUACUAAGCAUAUAUAUUAAGAUUCCAUUAGCCUUUAAUGUAAAGGAUUUUUGUGUCAUUAUUUUUAGUAAGGUUAGAGGAUGUCUCCAUUUCAAUACCCAACUUAUUCAUUGCUUUGUUCAUUUCAUGAACCAGUUUUUCUAUACUUUCAUAAUAUCCUUAUGUGAUUUGACAGAGAUAGUAUUCUAUUCUGUUUACACCAUCCAUCAGACUCACUUGAAAUAGGCAGUCAUGCUCAGUUACGAGUACUCAUUGUGAAUAUGCUAGACUUUCAGAAGAGCAGUUUCCCACCUUUCAAAUCUAUGGGUUUGGCAAAUCUAUUGUAGCAUACAACCGUAUUAUUAGGGUAAAUGGCCAUGGAUGAGUUGCUUGGGAGGUUCAAAAGGAACCCGCACUCACCCAUGGUUUAAUGAUCUUUUUCAAGCUGUAUGUUAACCAUGUAUUUGGCUGGAACCU